GGAGCCCCGCCCACUCUACGCGCCGCUCUGGGUUGGAGCUGCAGUGUGUUCUAGCAGCGGUUGGGUAAGGGAAUGCAGCUGUCCGCUGUCCGGGAAGCAUAACCAUAUAUACCCAUACAGACAGCACACCGCCCUAGGAGCUGGACUAGACCUGCCUCCCUCGACUGCCGGAGAAACCCGACACACACAUCCCGAUCACCGUGGAGCAAAGACUCUAUCCACAAAGGCGAGUGGUAAAAGAGCGGAGCCGCGAGCAUGGCGGUCGAAGAGGAAGGGCUACGGGUUUUCCAAAGCGUCAAAAUAAAAAUAGGUGAGGCGAAGAACAUCCCUCCGUACCCAGGUCCCAACAGGAUGAGAGACUGUUACUGUACUGUCAACCUGGAUCAGGAGGAGGUCUUCAGAACCAAGAUCAUCGAGAAGUCUCUGUGCCCUUUCUAUGGAGAGGACUUUUAUUGUGAAAUCCCCCGUAGUUUCCGCCAUCUGUCCUUCUACAUCUUCGACAGGGACGUGUUCAGGAGGGACUCCAGCAUCGGUAAGGUAGCAGUGAAGAAGGAGGAUCUCCAGAGGUAUCAUGGUAAAGACACCUGGUUCCCUCUGCAACACGUCAGCGCAGACUCAGAGGUUCAGGGAAAGGUCCACAUAGAGCUGCGUCUCAGCGAGGUCAUCACAGACAGCGGCGUCGUCUGCCAUAAACUGGCCACACGUGUAGUGGAGUGCCAGGGCCUGCCCAUAGUGAAUGGACAAUGUGAUCCGUACGCUGCUGUAUCCCUGCUGGGCCCAUCCAGAUCAGAAGCGAAGAAGACCAAGGUGAAAAGGAAAACCAACAACCCCCAGUUUGAGGAGACAUUCUACUUUGAGGUGACACGACCUCUUAGCCACACCAAGAGACAGUUUGAUGUGGAGGAGGAGGAUGUUGACAAGCUGGCUCUGAGGGUUGACCUGUGGAAUGCCAGUAACCUGAAGUUUGGAGAUGAGUUCCUGGGAGGGGUCAGAGUUCCUCUGAGGGCCCUGGGACAGGCUGGGGUCCACGACGCAUGGUACUUUCUGCAGCCCAGGGAUAAUGGAGGGAAACCUGUGAAGGUGGAUGAGCUGGGUUCUCUUCGUUUAAACAUUGUUUACACUGAGGACCAUGUGUUCUCAUCUGACCACUACAGCCCUCUGAGAGACCUGCUGUUGACCUCAGCUAACGUAAAGCCGGUGUCGGCAUCAGCGGCUCAUAUCCUCGGGGAGGUCUGCAGGGAGAAACAGGAAGCAGCUAUCCCAUUGGUCCGUCUGUUCCUUCACUAUGGAAACAUCCUGCCUUUCCUCAGUGCCGUCGCACACGCAGAGGUCAACCGCACACAGGACCCUAACACCAUCUUCAGAGGAAACUCUCUAACGUCUAAAUGUAUCGAUGAGACCAUGAAGCUGGCUGGGAACCACUACCUCCAGGUCACCCUGAGAGCCAUGAUAGAUGAAAUCUGUACGGACCACAAGCCCUGUGAGAUCGACCCGGUGAAGCUCAAAGAGUCAGAAAACCUAGAGACCAACAGGGAGAACCUGCGUCAGUAUGUAGACCGGAUCUUCAACAUGAUCACAACGUCAGGUGUGCGCUGUCCCACCGUCAUGUGUGAUAUUUUCUUCUCACUCAGAGAAUCGGCUGCAACACGUUUCGAAGUUGACCAGGACGUGAGGUACACAGCGGUCAGUAGUUUUAUCUUCCUGCGUUUCUUCGCCCCGGCCAUCCUCUCUCCCAACCUGUUCCAGCUGCGACCGCAUCACCCAGACCCCGCCACGUCUCGGACCCUCACCCUCAUCUCCAAGACCAUCCAGACACUGGGUAGCCUGGCCAAGUCGAAGUCGGCUAGUUUUAAAGAGACUUACAUGGCGGCCUUCUACGAUUACUUCAACGAGCAGAAGUAUGCCGACGCCGUGAAGAACUUCCUGGACCUAAUCUCGUCGUCAGGGAGAUGGGACCAGAAGAGUAUCGAGACUCCAAUCAUGCUGAAAGAGGGGUUCAUGAUCAAGAGAGCCCAGGGGAGGAAACGUUUUGGGAUGAAGAACUUCAAGAAGAGAUGGUUUCGCCUCACUAACCACGAGUUUACCUACCACAAAACCAAAGGUGAGGGCGCUCUCUGCAGAAUCCCUAUAGAGAACAUCCUGGCUGUAGAGAGACUGGAGGAAGAGUCAUUCAAGAUGAAGAACAUGUUCCAGGUAAUCCAGCCAGAGAGGGCUCUGUACAUCCAGGCCAAUAACUGUGUGGAGGCCAGGGACUGGAUAGACAUCCUGACCAAGGUCAGCCAGUGCAACAGGAAGAGACUGAGCACCUACCACCCCUCAGCUUACCUCAACGGACACUGGCUCUGCUGUAAGAUGGCUGCCGACACAGAACCAGGCUGUACACCCUGUACUGGAGGCCUCCCAGCCAACAUUCAGCUGGAUGUGGACGGAGACAGAGAGGCAGAGAGGAUCUACUCCCUGUUCAGCACGUACAUGAACAAACUGGUCAACAUGCAAGAGGCCUGUGGCAGUAGAUCAGUAUAUGAUGGCCCAGAGCAGGAGGAGUAUUCCAGCUUCCUCAUCGACGAUCCCCGGGAGACCUAUAAGACCCUGAGAGUGAUCAUCUCCUCUGUUCAGACACUGGAGCAGCAGCACACCAAGUACAAACGAGACGUGUUCAGGAAGACUAAGAUCGGCAGCCAAGAACAUCCAAUCGGAGACAAGAGUUUUCAGUGUUACAUCCACCAGCAGUCUGAGAGCUCCACCUACUCCAUCUAGCCCCACCCACCAACCACUGCCAUGAAGCGCAGAGCUCUGCCCCCGAAGACCUGAGACCUAGCAACACUUCCUGGUUACUCCUGGUCCACGGCUUCCCAUGGUGCAUCUUUCAGAACACGGACACUCAGAGCCGAGGUCAAAUCGGGUAGAAGAGAGAGGGGAAGAGAG